CACUUUGUAAAACUACAUCCUUUCCCACAAUGCACUGCCUCAUUUUAUUCCCGUCGGUCCCUGCGCCGAGUCCCUCGCACCAGUCAAGAUGGCGGACAAACCAGUUCCCGUAGCUGAGAUGCGUCUGAUGGACGUGAAGCUGGGUCAGCUCGGCAGCUGGCUCGGAGGUCGGGACUUCACUCCCAAUGGUAUCAUCUCAUCCAUCCGCAGGGGCCACGACAGAUACUACAACAAGUACAUUAAUGUGAAGAAAGGAGGCAUCGGAGGUGUCGCUAUUCUGCUGGCUGGCUAUGUCGCCCUCAGCUACCUGUGGGAAUAUGACCACAUCAAACACGAUCGCUGGAGGAAGUACCAUUGAGCCUCCUCAGCAGCUCUCAGACCUCCAGGGGUUGACGGUGGAUCUCUUUACUCCCCCUGCUCUUUCUAUUCAGCUCUUGUGUUAAUAUGUGACUGUUGUGACCAAUAAACAAUAUAAAGAUUCACA